UGCUGGAAAACACAUAUUUGGAAGAUUUUAGGCACUCCAAGGAAGAGAUAUUAACUUGGUCGGUCUUACUGUAAGUCUAACUUGCAUGUCAAAUGGCUGAGAGAGCUCUUGUUGAACGUUACCUGAACUGCCACGUGUGUUCAGAGACUUUCAGAGAUCCUGUGUCUCUGAGCUGCAACCACAGCUUCUGUUCAAGCUGCCUGCAACAAUUCUGGGAACAAGCUGAAAACAAAAACUGUCCCAUUUGCAAAAGAAAAUCAUCAAAGGAGUAUCCACAUGUGAACUUUACACUGAAAGAACUGGCUGACUCCUUUGCUGGGAGACAGAAAGCUGGAUCACCUGAGGCAGGACAAGGAGAGAAGAAGGUGGAGGUGGUGUGUAGUAAACAUCAAGAAGAGCCUAGAUUAUUCUGUGAGGACGAGCAGAGAGCUGUGUGUCCUGUCUGUGAGUUUUCUCUCCACCAGAGUCACAGGGUGGUUCCUAUAGAACAAGCAGUCAGUGACCUGAAGGGCCAGCUGAAAUCUGACUUAGAGUCUCUGCAGGACAAGAGGGACAAAUACAAACAAGUGGAGAAAACAUACAAUGAAGUGAUUCAACACUCCAAGAAGCAGCUGUUGUCCACAGAGAGGCAGAUCAGAGCCGAGUUCAACAAGCUCCACCAGUUCCUGAAAGAGGAAGAGGAGUCCAGACUGGCAGCUCUGAGGGAGGAAGAGGAGCAGAAGGGGGAGACUGUGAGCAGAGAGAUGAAGAAGAUUCAGGAGCAGAUCUCCUCUCUGUCAGACAGUAUCUCUGCUGUUGAAGAAGACCUGCAGAAACCCAGCGUGCCAUUCCUCAGCAGUUAUAAAGCCACUCAGACCAGAGCCAGAGUCCAGCGCUCACAGUCAGAUCCACAGCUGGUCUCAGGAGCGCUGAUAGAUGUGGCCAAACACCUAGGCAACCUGUCCUUCAGAGUCUGGGAG